GCAAGUUCUGAACAAUUUGCUGGUUCUGGUGUUUCCGGAGGCAGAGUGAGACGUGUGAGAAGCGCGGGGUUGCUGUUCGUAUGCGCCAGCCAAGGGACUACUGCAUUUGCAUAUCAUUUGCAUUCACAGUGCGAAUUCAGAGUGCGAGACGGCACGAGUCUAUUUCAUUUUUGCGGGCCAAUUAUUAUCUAAGAAAUGGCAGACCGAGGACGUGGAGAUGGACAAGAAUUUGAGGAAAGUGGUGGACCUGCACCAGUAGUUGCACCAGCAGGAGGAGGAGGACCGGCAGUUGACGUCAAUUCUCCAGCGGCGCAGGAAAUCGUAAAUUCUUUGGUGACAAUGGGAAUUUCGCGACCUGUCGCUGAAAUGGCUGUGCGCGAAACGGGAGCAGAUACUGCGGAAGGAGCGAUUGCGUGGGUAUUUGAAAACGAUAUGGGUGGUGCCUCUGGGGGUGAUGAAGAUGAAUUGUACCAAGACUUCAAGAUGGUAUUUGUUGUAAAUACUUCCUUGCCUAUGACACCCGGAAAAAUGGCUGCUCAAGUUGGACAUGCCGCUUUGGGGCUUUAUCAAGAUCUAAUUAGCAAGCAGGAUACCUUUGGUGGGCCUUUGCUUCAAUGGAAUGAAAAUGGGUCUAAAAAGAUUGUUCUUCAGUGCACCGAUGCAGCACACAUGAACGAAUUGGCAACUCAAGCUGAAAAGGUGGGACUCCCAUUCCACAUUAUUCAAGAUGCCGGACAUACACAAAUUCCUGCUGGGUCUCAGACCGUGUUGGCCGUUUUUGGAGUUUCGAAGGAAGUGGAUAAAGUUACUGGUCAAUUAAAACUUCUUCCCUAGCAAUUUUGUUACCAUAUACAGAUAUAUAUAUAAUAUAGUUGGCUACCUGAUUAUUGAUCCGGUGGUAUGUACGUAUGUGGUAUACAUUAUUACUGCGAUAAUAUUUUUAUGUGUAAUAAUGUCGAUGACCUUUUUUUGUAUUACAUAUUUUCUACUCGAAUAUGAUGUUAAUCAUUUUGUGUUGAAUACAUGUCCUUGUUGAUAUGAAUAAU